AAAGUCGUAAAGUAUAAGUAUGAAGGCCUGUUUUCCCGUGCCUCGUUUCCGCUUUUUCUUCUUCCACACAUCCUUAACUUUUCGGUUACAACAACUAGUGCAAACGAAAAAAGAAAGAAAAGAAAUACGUCUUUUCGUUUUUUCUUCUUCCUCUCGUCCAAUCUCCCACUGUAUAGUGAAAAUCCGCAUCCUGGCUUAACUGACUCCACGUUUUGUCAUUUUGUCCGUUUUUUCAGUCUUCCUCCUCUUUUUCUGACGCUGUGCGUUUGGUCUUUCUCCUCCUUCCCUCCAAGCCUGUUCCGUCCUACCACACACACACACACAAUCUAAAAACCAUGACCGAAGCUGACGAUUUCUUCUUGUCCACCACUGACUUGUUUGGUAAGGACCAGCUUUUGGCCAAUUUCUUGCAAGACACUUCGUUGCCGUCGCCUCCUUCAGAAGGCAGCAGUUUCCCUUCACCGGUCAAUUCGUUCUCGUCUUGUCUUGACAGCCCUCCCUUGUCAGCGACUUACUUUGACACACAAUUCUUGCAAAACUUGCCCGCGGCCGUUUUGCAGUCUUUGUCGGCUUUGUACCAGCAGCAAGAACCGGAGACCAACUUUGACCAGUUUGUCAAGUUUGAAGAUGAAGCUUUGGCGACUUCGACGACACCUGUCAUGACGAGCCCUAUCGCUGGUGCUGCCACGCCUCCCACCCCUACUACACCUUCCAUGCCAACCAGCGUUGUCCCGGCGAUUUCACCCUCGAUUGCAUCGAACGGUUCUGUGCCCGUGGUAACGGCUCCUGCCGCUCCCGCUCCUGCACCUACCAAGAAGUCGAGCCGCCCUCCUCGUCAGUUGGAAUGUUUCAAUUGUCAUGUCACCAAAACGCCACUGUGGCGCCGUACUCCCGAUCGUGUGCACUCGCUUUGCAACGCCUGCGGCUUGUAUUACAAGCAAUACAACACCCAUCGUCCGUUGCACGUUCGUCAAAAGCAAACGGCCUCUUCACCCGGCAAACAGUCUUCGUCGGUGAAUUCGUCCGCUUCGCAAAUCCAAACUCCGGGUUCGACAACGGCGCUUCCCGCCAUGGAUGAUGUGGCCAAUCUUCUUCGACCUGUGCUGGCUCAAGCGGCUCCUUUGCUUCACGAGGGUGCAUUGCUUCAACCAUGUGUGCAGUGUCCUACGCCCCAAACUUGGCGCAAGAACGAACGUGGCGAGCAUGUAUGCAACGGUUGUGGCUCGGUUGGCCAACUUCGUCGUGAGCAGCGUCCCUUGGCAAUUCGUAGCCCUCAGAAGCGCGCAAGAGAAGAUACGGCUGAGUUGUUGCCUCGAAGCAAAGUGCCUCACAUCGAACCUGCCCCGCCCAAGGAACUGAGCGAUUUCGACGAUUCUCGUUUCAAGGGACUUUUGGGUCGUAUGAACAAGGAGCAAAUGCACGGUUUCCUCGGUAUGUUGGAACGUCGUUGUGCCAUCUUACGAUCCAUGCUGUAUCCUCAGCAGGACUGAACCUUUACACUUUCUUUCUUUAUUUUUUUCUGUACACACAUUUCUUUCUUUUUUGUCUGAUAUUUUUUUAUUUCUCUUUUUUUAUUACGCGUUCUCAACAAACGCUUUGUAUAUGUUCAACACAUACCUCUUAAGAGCUCAACAAUGCUCGUUCUAUAUCUAUUUUUCCUUUUUCUUUUUUUUUCUCCACUUUCCAUUUUACACUUACUACAUCUCAUCAUGUCUCAUUUCAACAAUAAUUCCUAUACCGUUCAACACACUGUAUCUAUCAUUCAACAUCCCAAUAAAAAUAUAAAAAACCUUUUUUUUUUUUGUUGAUUGCCAAAGAAAAAAAUCUUGCUUUUCUCAAAAUGGAUGAAGCUUAUCUUGAAUUUCAGAACCAAUGAAAUCGCCUUGUAAUCAUUUGUGUUGCC